CGCUGUCAAACGAGAAACAAAGCAUUGAAAUUUUGUGCGCGUCUUGCGGUUCCAUCAGCUGAGGAUUUUCAAUUUAUCCGGCUUUUUGGGUAUUAUUUUGUGAUUUUCAAUUGGCAGACUAUUGCUAACGUCUCGAAAUUAACAAUAGAAACCAAACUGGUUCGCUGCGACCAUGGACUUUUUGGAAUACUCGUCGAUUAGCUCGGAAGUGCGUGGCGCAAUGUGCCCCGGCAAGUUGAAGAUGACCGAUACUGCAAUUGUUUUCAAAAACGAGAAAACCGGCAAAGUUGAACAAAUAAAUGCGGCCGAUAUUGACUUACUCAACUAUCAGCGGUGUAUUGGAAGCUUUGGAUUGCGAGUUUUUAUGAAAAAUGGAACCCUGCACCGAUUCUUGGGAUUCACGGGAGAUGAGAAAAAAAUUGCUGACUUUGUAAAAAAGAAUUAUAAAAUGGAUAUGUUGGAAAAGGAACUAUCGACUCGCGGCUGGAACUGGGGAACGGUACAUUUUAAAGGAGCUGUUUUAUCAUUUGAUGUUGAGAAUAAGACCAGCUUCGAGAUACCAUUGAAUCACGUUUCACAGUGUAACGCUGGUAAGAACGAGGUUACGGUUGAAUUCCAUCGCAACGAUGACGCGCCAGUCAGUUUGAUGGAAAUGCGAUUCCACAUUCCAACAUUGGAGUCCGCCGAAACAGAUCCGGUAGAAGCAUUCCAAGAACAGGUUAUGAAACAGGCAUCUGUUAUUUCCGCAUCUGGUGAUGCGAUAGCUAUCUUCCGAGAGAUCCACUGUCUCACACCGCGUGGACGCUAUGACAUCAAAGUUUUCCAAAGCUUUUUCCAGCUGCACGGUAAAACGUACGAUUUUAAAAUUCCCACGUCGUCGGUGCUUCGACUGUUUUUACUGCCGCACAAGGACAACCGACAGAUGUUCUUCGUCAUUUCACUGGAUCCGCCUAUUAAGCAGGGUCAAACGCGAUAUCAUUUCCUGGUAACAUUGUUCCAGAUGGACGAGGAAACUAACAUUGAGUUGCCCUUCACUGAGGAAGAGCUGAAAGAGAAAUACGAAGACAGAUUGACUAAAGAGCUUUCCGGGCCGGUCUACGAAGUGCUGGGUAAAAUUAUGAAGGUUAUUAUCAACCGGAAGCUUACCGGACCGGGAACUUUUAUCGGAAAUACGGGAACACCGGCGAUUGGCUGUUCGUACAAAGCUGCUGCAGGGUACAUCUAUCCGCUUGAACGUGGCUUCAUCUACGUACACAAACCUCCAGUUCACAUUCGCUUCGAGGAAAUUGCUUCGGUGAAUUUCGCUCGCAGUGGUGGUUCGACACGAAGUUUCGAUUUUGAAAUCGAACUAAAAACCGGAACCAUCUACACUUUCAGCAGUAUAGAAAAAGAAGAAUACGGAAAAUUGUUUGACUUUAUCUCGUCAAAGAAAUUACAUGUGAAGAACACUGGAAAGGACGGAAAGAACAAUUACAAGGAGGACUUUGCUGAUUCGGAUAAUGAGGGCGAACCGGAUGCCUAUCUGGCACGGGUUAAGGCGGAAGCGAAGGAACGCGAUGAUGAUGGCGACGAUGAUGAUUCGGAGGAAUCUACCGAUGAAGACUUUAACCCGAAUCAGGCAGAAUCUGACGUGGCGGAUGAAUUCGAUUCGAAUGUGGAAUCGACGUCCGAAGAUGACUCGGAAGACGGUGGUGGUGGUUCGGGUGACUCCGGCAAGGCAAAGAAAGAGAAAAAGAAAGACAAAAAGGAGAAGAAAGAACGCAAGGAACGAAAGGAGAAGCGAACAAAGAAAUCAAAAACCGGUGGACCGAAACGACCGGCUACCGCAUUCAUGAUGUGGCUUAACGCUACUAGGGACAAGAUCCGUAAGGAUAAUCCGGGCAUUUCCAUCACGGAAAUAGCCAAGAAAGGUGGAGAAAUGUGGAAAGAGUUGAAGGAUAAGACGGAAUGGGAGCAGAAGGCAGCCAAGGCAAAGGAGGAGUAUUCGGAAGCUUUGAAAGCUUACAAGGCAGCCGGAGGUGGAGCCAGCGGCGAAGAAGGUGAAAAGGGGGCCAGUGCGAAACGCAAAAAGGAUGGAGUCUCGCCAAAGAAAGCCGCUUCGGCUGCCUCUAUGACGGGUAGUGGCUUCAAGAGCAAGGAGUACAUCUCCGGGGAUGAUUCAAGCAGUGACAACGAGGAUGGCGAGAAAAAGAACCCCAAGAAGGCUAAGAAAUCCCGUCCAGAGGAGGAAAAAUCAGACAAGAAAAAAGACGACAAAAAGAAGGACGAUGAAAAAAAGGCUAAAAAAUCUGGUUCAGAAUCGGAAGCAUCAGCUAAUGAGUCAGCAGAAGAAGAGGAAGAGGAUGAAGAGGACGGAGACAGCAAUUAGAUCUGCCGUCGUAUACUUGGUGGAACCGAAUCUUUAUCACAUCUUCGCUGCCACCUUCGGUAAGGCAUAUUCUUUCGACAUUUGUUUGGAGGCAGUUCGAACUCAUUAACCGAGCUACAAACUAAUUAGUAUUAGAGAACAUGAUUGUUUUAUUAUUACAUACCAGUAAGAUUACAGCAAACAAAGGCAUACUAAUUUGUACAAACA